GGUUAAAAUCUGUUGAAUUGUUGCUGGUUGCUGUAUUCUCCCUGUUGCUGUUGCUGGUUGCUGUGUUGGUAAUUUAGUAUAUAGUUUUUUAGUUGCUGGUUGCUGCUAAUUGCUAUUGUAUUUUACUGUGGUUUUUUUAGAGCUGUUGUUGUUUAUUGUUGAUUUGUUUAGAGUUGCUGUUAGUUGAAUCAGGGAACUUUGGUGAAAUGGUAGUGGUUGUUGUGUUUCUUAAAAACUGAUUUAAGCAAAUCCUUUGUUGAUGAAAAUAUUUUUGGUUUCUUUGCUAGAAUUUUAAAUAUGGCUUCAUCUCAAACACCAUCAGAAAUGCCACCAUCUCAUGAACAAGCAUCAUCAGCAACUCCUACCCCUGAUCUUACCACUAAAAGAGUUUAUAAUAAUAGAGGAAAGACUGAUCCAGCUUGGAGUCAUUGUAAACAAAUUGUGGAAAAAACAGGGAAAAUUACUAUGAUGUGCAUAUAUUGUGACAAACCUGUUAGGGGAGGUGGGAUUAAUCGAUUUAAGUAUCACUUGGCUGGAAAAGAAGGAGAUGUUGAGAAGUGCAAAAAGGUUCCACCUGCUGUUGCUCAUCAAUUUGGGCAAAAUAUUGAAGAAUUUAUGAAUAAGAAAAGGAAAACUCAAGAAAAUUAUGCAGAAAGUUAUGGAGCAUGUGAUGAUAUUGAGGCUAUAACAAAGGAAUCAAAUGAGAAAGCAAAGUUAUGAUCCAAUUUGUUUUGAUACAUUUGAUGACCAUUCGGAUUGGAUAUUGGAAGAUUCAUCGCCGUUUUUAACUGCUGAAGAGGUUGAUGCUCUACAAAAUGAUUUGACAAAUAUGUCCAUUCAACCAACUUUGGAUGAUCUUGAUCAAUUAAAUUUGGAAGAUGACCAAGAUAAUGAUGGACCAAGUAACAAUGCUAUGGAAGAUAUGGAUACAAAUCAAAAUGAGGGAAAUGUUGAUCAAGCUCCUAAUUUGCCCUAUGAAGAUGUUGAUGCCGACUUUGAGCUCACCCCUUGGACUUGAUUUAAUGAUUGUGUUAUCUUUAACUUGCUCUAGUUGAUUUAAAUUGAGAAUAUAUUUUGUACUAAAAACUAGUUUAUUAACUCUUCUUUUAGAUUAUUAGUUAUGUUUAAGACUUGAUAUUUGAUUAUUAAGGUU